UUUUCUUGUUUACCUCCUUGCCUCCUUGAGAGUUUUUUAAAUUUUAAAAUUCAAAAACUGUUAAAAUACUUUUUAAUAGUUUAAAAAGCUUAACUUAUAGAAAUAGAUAAACUACGUGUUUUCAGUGUUAGAAUUAAGAAACUAUGAAUAGGCUUUCGAGAAUUUUUCAGCCCAUUACUGUGGUACCAAAAAAUGCAAAUUCAACCAAUAAAGAUUUUAUUUCAAGAAGCCAAAGACUAAUGCUUGAAUUGGGAAUCAUCCAUCAAGCAGUUCCAGGUUGUUUUCAUUAUCUACCCUUGGGCAUGAAGGCACUCAGUAAAUUGAUAAAUUUAGUAGAUGAGGAAAUGCAAAGUAUUGGAGGACAAAAGAUUAUUUUUCCUACAUUGGUUAAGUCUGAACUCUGGGAAAAAAGUGAUAGAUCCAAUGACAUGGGCCCUGAACUUAUAACUUUAAAGGACAGACACAAUCAGAAUUAUAUUCUAGGCCCUACACAUGAAGAAACAGCCACCAAUUUUCUUUCAACACUUGCCCCAAUGUCCUACAAGAAAUUCCCGUUGCUUCUCUAUCAAAUAACUUCCAAGUACCGCGACGAAAUGAAACCGCGUUUUGGUCUAAUCAGAAGCAGGGAGUUUUUAAUGAAAGACAUGUACAGCUUUGAUGUAAAUGAAAAUAGCGCUUUGAAAAUGUAUGAGAACAUAUGCGUAGGGUAUGAUAGGGUAUUCAAUAGGAUUGGAGUAGAAUAUUGCAAAGUUAAGGGUAGCUCUGGGACAAUGGGAGGAAAUUUAUCUCAUGAAUACCAUUAUCCAGCUGAUGUAGGGGAUGAUAAAAUAUUAAAUUGUCAUAAAUGUAAUUAUGCUACUAAUACACAGCUAUUAGAAGAGCACGUUUGUCCAAAUUGUGGAGAAAUUAAGAAUGUAACAGUACAAAACUCUAUUGAGGUUGGACACACAUUUUUCUUUGGUGACAAAUAUUCCAAGCCGUUAAAAGCACAUUAUGUAGAUGAAAAUAAUAAGCCUUGUGUCUUUCAAAUGGGUAGUUAUGGCAUAGGGAUUAGUCGAAUAUUAGCAGCAUCUUUAGAAUGUCUUAGUACAGAACAAGAACUGAGAUGGCCUGAUAGUAUUGCGCCUUAUAAUGUUGUUAUUAUACCUCCAAAGAGAGGAAGUAAAGAAGCAAACCAAAUGGACCACCUAGAAGUAGCCCUAUACAAAAAUCUUGAAAAUUACCUGCCCAACCUUAAAAAUAAUAUUUUGCUAGAUGACAGAACUUCAUUGAGUAUUGGCAGGAGAUUUUUGGACUGUAAAAGAACAGGAAUUAGGUUUAUAGUAGUUUUAAAUAAACGUUCCUGUGAAAAUCCUGCCAUAUAUGAGUUGAAUGAUAUUGUUAAACAAGAACAGUUGCACUUGAACGAAAACGAACUUGUUCAAUAUUUAAAGAAUAAUGGAAAAGAUUUGGAAAGAAUAAAUAAAACAGCCUGAUACUAAGUGAGUUGUUUU